AUGAAUGUACCAUUCGACUCAGGUUUAUUGCCUAAAGAACGCCCACGCGUGCAGACAGUGAGAGAUGUUAAAAGACAAGCAGGACAACGAAGAGAACGUGGUGCUAAUGAAAGGUUUCGAGGACGAACAAAUGAUGAAGGAGAACUGGGUGACCUCUGGAGCACACGACCUCCAAACACAUCCUCUGCAGAUUAUUUGGCAAAUAGCCACCAUCCAGAACUGACCCCACAUUCUUAUAAUUUGGAUAAAUCCAGUGAGAAGUUGUUCUUCCCUUCCUCGAUAUCACAGUCUUUAGACCACACUGAUUAUAACAAUCCACCCUCGCCUUUGCCACCACCUCCUCCCAACAGCAUGCCUCCCUACAGCAGCCAAAACCUCUUUACCGAGAAUAACCCAUCAGCAUCCAUAUUACCACCACCUCCCCCAUCAUCACCACCACCACUACCGCCUCUUCCUCAGCUUCAGCAACCAUCCACCACAACAAUACAGACGGAUUCAGAUCCAGAUUUUCUGCGGAGACGUUCGUCCUUGCAUUCCUUGCCGCAACGUCUUCUCGGUCCUAAGCCCUUCACUCCAUAUAGUAAUACGGUGACUCUGUUACCCAAAUACGAAGACAAAGGCUUACCUGUAGAAACGGUUCUGCCGAUGAAAAACACAGACGCAAAUAAUAGUGAAAUCAAUCCUGAGAUUAGCGAGCCAAGUGUUGUCAGCUCUGUUCAGACUAACAAUCUAUUUGCAGCCAGACCGUGGGCCACAGGAGUUUCUGUCCCAAAACUGAAGAGAUCACCACGUGGACGUAAUCGCUAUUUGACCAUAUCAAGCAGUGAACCUAUUAAGUUGGAACAUGCUCUUCAAAAACAGUCUUCAAUCAAUUCUUCUGCAGGUGAUCUCAUACCUGGGGCCACAUUUAUAAAUAACAUGCCUGAUAUUAUCAGUUCAACAAUAGACAAAUUUGAUGAGGAAACAAUUGACAGAGAGCUGAUGAAACCAGAGAAGGUCUUUAUUCCCGAGCGAUAUAUACCAGAUUGUGACGAAGAGGAUUUAACGGAAGAAGAGAAGGAAAAACGCAGAGCAAAAGCAGAAAAGAUCAGAAAAGUCCUCACUGAACAAAGUGUUCACUCCUGGACCAAGCAAAUCCCAGCAGGUAAUCUUGAAAAAAUCCAUGACCACAUCGCCAAAGAAAAAAUAUUACGAGAACAUUUAUUAACAAUUACUCAAGAACUUGCCAAGGAAGUGACUAAGAAGAGUAAAGAGGCGGCCGUGGAACGCAGAAAAACCUGGGCAGGGACUCCGUCAAGCGACUACCUAAAGUUUGUCUAUGCAUCAUUGCAAUCUUUGCUUUCCUUUUCUUGCUAUUUUUUUUAUUUCAUUCUCUCUCUUUUUAUUUCUUUCUUUUUCUCUAUCUCUCUUUCUUUUUCUCUAUCUAUCUCUCUCUCUCUCUCUGUCUCGUUCGUCCGUUCUAUUUCUCUCUCUCUCUCUCUCGUUCGUCCGUUCUAUUUCUCUCUCUCUCUCUCUCGUUCGUCCGUUCUAUUUCUCUCUCUCUCUCUCUCGUUCGUCCGUUCUAUUUCUCUCUCUCUCUCUCUCUCUUCGUUUCGUCGUUCUAUUUCUCUCUCUCUCUCUCGUCCGUUCUUCUCUCUCUCGUUAAAUCCGUUCUUUUCUCUCUCUCUUCGUCGUUCGUCCGUUCGUCCGUUCUUUCUCUCUCUCUCUCGUUCGUCCGUUCUAUUUCUCUCUCUCUCUCUCUCUCGUUCGUCCGUUCUAUUUCUCUCUCUCUCUCUCUCUCGUUCGUCCGUUCUAUUUCUCUCUCUCUCUCGUUCGUCCGUUCUAUUUCUCUCUCUCUCUCGUUCGUCCGUUCUAUUUCUCUCUCUCUCUUCGUCCGUUCUAUUUCUCUCUCUCUUUCGUCCGUUCUAUUUCUCUCUCUCUCUAGAUUCGUCCGUUCUAUUUCUCUCUCUCGUUCGUCCGUUCUAUUUCUCUCUCUCUCUAGUUAAGUCCGUUCUAUUUCUCUCUCUCUCUACGUUCGUCAGUCUAUUUCUCUCUCUCUCUCGUUCGUCUGUUCUAUUUCUCUUCUCUCUCUCGCUCGUCUCGUCCGUUCUAUUUCUCUCUCUCUCUCUCUCUCUUCGUCCGUUCUCCUCUCUCUCUCUUUUCGUCUUCUAUUUCUCUCUCUCUCUCUUCUCGUCUUCUAUUUCUCUUCUCUCUCUUCUUCACAACACUUUUUUCUUUUUCCUUCCCUUCACGACGCUUCUUACUUUUUCCUUCCCUCCCCGACGCUUUUGUACUUUUUCCUUCCCUUCACGACGCUUUUGUACUUUUUCCUUCCCUUCACGACGCUUUUGUACUUUUUCCUUCCCUCCACGACGCUUUUGUACUUUUUCCUUCCCUCCACGACGCUUUUGUACUUUUUCCUUCCCUCCACGACACUUUUGUACUUUUUUCUUUCCUUCUUGA